AUGUCUUCGACCGGGAGCAUUGAUGAGAACGCAGGCUCGGAGCCAUCGCGCAGGUCAAUUCGCGAGAGGAAGCAAGCCCAACAUUUUGGGCACUCUGAGCCAAAUGAGGAAUUAGAAGAGCUUAUCGAGGCUCCCAAACCAAGGAAGAUUGCGCCUGCUGUGCGCAAAGGAGGCAAACGAGCAAGUGGGAGGCCAAGUUUAUGGGUGAAGCUACCUCUACCUUCUCAAACCCCUCUUUUGCCUUCGCCUCGACCUCAGAGCUCUCCGGAAGUAAAGGUCGAGAACAGUUUUGGAGCUCCGCCGGAAUCUUCCUCUCAAAAUUCGAAGAAGAGGAGCGCUGCGCUUCCUGAUAGCCACGACGAGUCUGAUCUGUUCGCACCAUCGUUAUGUCAUGGUACGACCCUAAAGAAGCAACGUCUGGAGUCUUCGGCUCCCAAGCAAAGGGCAGCACCAAGAGCCAAAGUCGCGCUGGAUUCAGAUAACGAAACUCGUCCUAAGCCUCGAGGCCAGCCAGAAGUGUGGGCAGAGAUGCGACAAGCAUUAUGCGAGUCGCUAACCUACUAUCAGGCAUACCAGUCAGGUGCCUACACUUGGGGAAGCUCAAAUGGGUCGGCUGGUUAUGCGUACGGCUUUCUCUUAGAUAACGAUAAUGACGACUAUGGCUAUAUGGACGAGAAGGUUGUAAUCACCAGACUCGGCGGUGGAAUGACUAGCACCAAGUCUGGCAAGAUGGUACAGACUGAAGACCAGAGCAGCUCGUCCAACAAGGUCACACCAUUUGUGAAUAACCAACGAGACCGCGUUCCUGUGAUACUCAUCGUCGGCGCCAAAAAUCCACAUUGUCCCACGAAAGUGCCGCAUCGUUACAACGUGCUGGGUGUUUACCAGGUCACAGACAUAUGGUCGGAGAAAGUCAAGGGAAAGGUGGUGUGCCGAGUGCGUUUUGAGAUGCUUGACCUCAAGACGCCAAGCUGGUGCGGCAUCCACGGAUCGUCCUUGCCUACGCCAACCCCUGAUUAUAGUACAAAAGCGUCACUCAAGACUUGCACCACUUGUAACACUUCAAGCAAAGAAGUCUCCACAGCAGGAUGGAUGUGUCUCAAUGAGACUUGCGCGAACUUCUCAAUCAUCAACGGACAGGCGGACCAGGAAGCUCCGACCUGGAACCCAGCGUUCAUAGACGAGCGCAACAAAUGGCCUGCCCAUAUCAAAGCGCCUUUGCAGCUGAAGCCGGCUCCUCCGAAUGGCCUACUGAAUGCUUCACUGAUGGAGACAUCUUUGCAGGCUUGGAAAGGGAUGGUCUGUCGUGAUUGCGGCAGAUGCAAUUCCCGAACAAAGUGGGACGAAUGGAAGUGCGAAACCGAAGGUUGCACCUUCGAGGUACCCAUCCAUUAUCCGAUCAUUCCACGAAGUCAGCUUGCACCAGAUCAUGCCUUCGCAGCUGAGGGACAUUCGAUCCCAUUCGACAAGUGGGAAGCACCGGUCGUUCGCACAGAAUCAGAAUUCCAUGGCUAUUGGCGAAAAGCGACGUACGAGAUUUCUCCCGGCAACUGCAUCACUCACUACUUCGCAAAUGAGGUCAUCAACCGACAACCUGGCGGGGCGGAUGAAGCCCUCGAGGCCUUACAAGGAACCAAAUUAGGCAUGCAGAGGUUUCCACUGGAGAACAGCCCAGUGGAAGGCGAGAUGAUAACAAAGCACUUUGGCAUUAACUUUGGCUUGCCAUACAACUACGUCGUCGCAGUCGACUCCAGAGGCUUCUCGGAGGCUCCACCAGCGAUCAUGGAUGCCGUAAACCACCUGACUUGGGCUGGCAAAGACGCGAUCAAGGAUGGCUCAUACCGGCCGUUCAAUGAACUGCUGUGUCUGGGAUACAUGGAGAAGCAGUCAAUUGGGUGGCACGAUGACGGUGAGAAGGAUCUUGGCCCGGAUAUCGCAUCUUGGUCGCUGGGAGGUGCAGCCACCAUGGGCUUCAGGAUGAAGUCCAAGUACUGGAAGUUCAAGGAACGUAACGCCGAUAACUACGAUCCCGAGCUGCCCGUGCGCCCUGGCUCUCAGGCUUGGAAGGAGCGCAUCGCCCUCAACGAGCUCUACCAGGCUGGUCACAUGGACGAAUACGAACAGGCCAAGACGGCGCUCUUUAAGGCCUUGGAUAAGAACAAGAAUAACGGGCCUACUGUGUUGUCCUUGGAGCUCAGGCACGGAGACAUGGUGGUGAUGCAUGGUGAAGACAUCCAAAAAAACAACGAGCACGGUGUUAUGCCAAAGGGAAAACUUCGCUUUGGAUUGACGGGCCGGUACAUCAAGCCGGAGAAUAUCCCGGUCGAGGAGCACUGGAAAGGAGAAUUCACCAUCGCGCCGGAGAAGGUCUAUGAUGGUGAUUUGGCACUUUUCAAGGCGAAUUUCCCAGAGGAAGAGGAUUAG